CCUAUCUGCUGCUUCCAGAAUGGCUGGGGAAAUAGUUUAUGCAGACCUCAUCAUCCCUUCUGAACCUCACUCCUCAAGGCUGAUCCAUCCACCUCAGCAGCUCAAUGCUUCCCAGUGUCCCUCUUGGCACCGGAUCACUCUAUGGGCGGGAUGUAUUGGGAUUGUCAUUCUGGUGGCAGCAGUAAUAGCCAUGGGUUUGCUGUUGAAAGCUGAAACAGAAAAAUCCAGGACUGAUGCUGAUGUUCUCUCUCUUCUACGAAGCGUACUCUGCAACCAAACCCUGGGAAACGCCUCAGUGAGUUCUGCUUGCAAAAUCUGUCCUCCACACUGGCACCACUACAGGGGAAAGUGCUACUGGCCAUCAACGCAGCAUAAAUCCUGGAAGGAGAGUCGAGAUCACUGCUCAGGAAGGAAUUCUCAGCUGCUGGUGAUCCAAGACAAGGAGGAGAUGGAAUUCAUACCAGAGAUUAUAGAGGAUAAAAGCAUGUACUGGAUUGGACUUGCCAGAGAAGAAAUACCAGAUAAGAAAUGGUUGUGGAUUUCAGGCUCCGAGUUUGACCAGACUCUAUUCCAAGAACCAAGCCGUACUGGGAGAAAUAACUGUGGAGCAAUAAAGAACAGAAAAAUUGUAUCUGACAACUGCAAUGCAGAACUGAGUGGGAUUUGCCAAAGAGACUCCAUCUCAAUAUGA